AUGUUCUUUUCCCUUCCUCAAUUCCCUGCAUCAAGCGUCGGCGGUGCCGCAACAGCUCCAGCAGCAGGUUCCUGCGACUACGUCCUCGGCAGCACCGCGCACAAACUCGCAAAAGACUGCAAGCGCAUCAUCAUGCCAUCAAUACGGGACCGGAUCCCUACUCGCCUCCGGCUGCAGCGCCGUUCGGAGAAACGAGCCGCGCACCAGCACACCCACCACCACUUGCUGGACCCCGCCACAGCGCAGCCCGUGGCGACAAGUGAAGACUACGAGAACCUCCGCACGAGACUGGCGUUCAAGAAGGAUGCCGGCGACAGGAGAUGGAUGUCGAUGGAGAGAGUGGCCAUGCAGGGAGAGUGCGAGGACGGCCAGGACUCAUGCCGGGAAGCAGGGGAAAUGCUUGCCAUGGGCAGAGGGCCGUGGAGGUUUGCGCAGAGAAGUGCGGUGCGGGUCGGCGAGGAGCGCGAGGAAGAUGCCAAUUGGGGUGCGGACGUCGAGGGGUGGGAGAUCGUGGAUGUUCGGGAGGCGCGGAGAGAGAUGCCGUCGGAGGCGGAGGUUGUGGCAGGGAGACGGCCUUGGGCGGACAUGAAGAAGAAAGUGGUGGGGAGAGGUGGGAAGAAGGCGAGGGCGGUUUGGGUGUGA